CGGAGGAAGCGCUUCGCCUCCGAGGGAAGAGACCUGUCAGCUGACAGAGUCGGUCUUUUAUUUGUUUAGUUGGUCGGACGUUUGAGAACGAGAAAAGCUCUUCGUCUUCAAGUUUUACAUGUAAAUUUCUGCAUUUGCCGCGCGCCUAUAUUUUCCCUUAGACCGAUUGAGAGGCGUGUGUGAGAAGUCCGCAUUUGAUGUGAAACUACUGGAUUGUGCGAGCUGGCUGGGACAUGCUGGUCUACGGCAAUGGCAGCGUACCCCCGACGCCCGUGGAGAACAGCUCCGCCAUCCCCACCUGUAUCCCCGAGCCGCAGGACAACAUCACCAAGCCGCACAGGUGUCUCCAGGUGCUCUAUGAAGACAUCAGCUCUUCCAGGGUGAGGUUCUGGGAUGUGCUCCUGCUCAUCCCCAACGUGGCCUUCUUUGCAUUCCUGGUGUGGAAGCUGCCCUCGGCCCGCGCGAAGAUCCGUGUCACCUCCAGCCCCAUCUUCAUCACCUUCUACAUCCUGGUCUUUGUGGUAGCGGCUGUAGGGAUUACCCGGGCCAUCGUGUCCAUGACUGUCUGCGCUUCAAAUGCUGCCACUAUUAUUGACAAGGUGCUGUGGGAGAUCACUCGCUUCUUCCUGCUGACCAUCGAGCUGAGUGUGGUCAUCCUGGGGCUGGCCUUUGGACACCUUGAAAGCAAGUCGAGCAUCAAGCGUGUUCUGGCAAUCACUGCUGUGCUGGCAUUGGUAUACUCUGUCUCCCAGGGCACCCUGGAGAUUCUGUACCCAGAUCAGCAUCUGUCUGCAGAGGAUUUCAAUAUCUAUGGUCAUGGGGGGCGCCACUUCUGGAUGGCCAGCUCUUGCUUCUUCUUCCUGGUCUACUCACUGAUAGUCAUCCUUCCUAAGACCCCUGUGAGGGAGCGGCUCUCUCUGCCUUCCAGGAGAAGUUUCUAUAUUUAUUCGGCCAUCUUAGCCCUGCUGAACCUCGUGCAGGGCCUGGGCAGCGCCCUGCUCUGCGCUGACAUCAUCCAGGGACUCUGCUGUGUGGACGUGACAACAUUCUUGUAUUUCUCCGUGUUCGCUCCGCUGAUUUACGUCACAUUCCUCCGAGGGUUUUUUGGCUCCGAGCCCAAGGUCCUGUUCUCCUAUAAGUCCCAGAUCGACGAGCCCGAUGACACAGAUGUGCAUCUGCCCCCUACCACAGUAGUGGGACGGAAGGGCCUGGGGCGAGGCUCUUACUCCAGCACUCAGAUUGAUGGCUCUGGGGCAUAUAUGGAUGACGUUGUAUCUGGGCCCUACGGGGUUGGCAGUAUCAACAAUGUGGACGUUGACCACUGGAGACCCAUCCAUGUCUAGGGAAUCACUUGGCCCCUGACAAAAAGUGGGGAAAAAAGGGGAAAAGCUAACCCUCAGGACAUGCUUAUUUUUAGGAUCGUGGCAGAGGGCCAGUCCAAAAAAAUCUGUGCUUGAUAUUUCAUCUGUCCCUAAAGAUGUAAGAACAAAGUGAUCCAUCACAUGUGGAACUUGCCAUGUAACUAUAACUAAUACAUUCCCAUCAGGCAUCAUGGGUGUUUCAUUGCUGCCUAAUGUUAAAGUUGUGAUAUGACAUCUUUUUACUGCGCUCACCAUUUCAGUGACUCCAUGUAAAAAUACUCACUAUGUUUUCCUUCCAUUUUUGUGCUUUAUGUCUGGUAUGAAACAGGAGGAAAUGCUUCUGUUGAAUUUUGCUGUGUUGACAUUCGUAUAGAUGUUCUCAGUAAUAUAUAUCAUGUUGCAAUAUUUUUAUUAUACAAAGUCCUAUAAUAGUCAGACUGCUGUAUGUCUGUCUGGUCCUGAAGAGAAGGCAAGGUGCCGUUGGUGAAAUGUCUGCGUAUGAUGUGAGCAAUACAGCUUCCUUACUUUUAAUUUUCCUCACUCUUAGGAUUUUACUCACAACCCCUUUCAAGACUGAGGCCAAUUUCUAUCCACAGUGAAUAGGUUUUAAAUUGAUUGUGAUAAUUUAAAAUUUGGUCCUAACAUUUGUUAAAUGAUGUAAUCUAUUUCAAGGAGAUAGUUUAGGUGUUACGGUGGGGUGUUUGACUGGUUUGCUGGUACACUUUGCUGAAGCAUGCAGAGUAGACUAGCCAGUAACCUGGUCUACAAACACACCUUUCUAUCUGCAUUGUAACUUUUAUCAGUUCCUCUAAAUUUGAUAGAUGCGCUUAUGUCUGUUUUUGUUUCUUUCCAGAAUUUGGACGUUAUGACUGCAGAGAUUGUGUUAUGCCUUACUGUGCUGAAAACUUAAGGCAUCAUUCUUAAUAGAUGAAAAUACAUAUUGUGUAUAUUUGCCUUUGUUCACAGAGCAGUACUGUAACUCCCUACAUUGUAAAGAUGGUGUUUUGUGUGUAUACUUAAGUUAUUUAUUCUGUGCUUUCACAUGACAACUUAUUUCUUCUGCAAUCUUUCUGAACCUGUGUGAAAUUUACACACCCUGGUAUUUUCUUACGGAGAGUGUGAUUCAGAGUAAAUAGAAUUGUGUGUACGAGCAGCUGGGAGGAUGCAGGA